AUUGUGCAAGACCAGUCUGCUUUUCAGUCUGUCGUGCAUUGUAGAGAGAACUCACAUGACAGUCAGGGGCAUGACAGGCAUCCAGAUCACUUGGGGUAAGAGUUUAAAUCAGAGGCGGCCAGCUGCUACCUCUUACCACCCAGACCUUGUUGGGAGAGCCACUGCUGACACUUGUAGUCCCAAAACCGGAUUAUCUGAGCAGUUCAGCGACAGGAGGUGGAUUCCCUCUGAUUUAUGCUCCUUCAUGCGGUAUCGUAAUUCAACAUGGAGAGACUCCCAGAGAAAAAAUAAGAUUUAUCUAUAAAGCAUUUUCCGCUCCGCUUCAGCGAGCACAAGAGCACCGAGGUCACCGGGGAAGAUGUUUUUUGUAGCAGGGGCCAGGAAUGCUGCAGGAGCAGGAAGAGGGGCCGAGACCAGGUCGAUUUACCAGAAAUUUCGUGAUGUGGACGUAUUGGCCAAGAAGAAAACGGUGACGGCUCUAAAGCCUGGGGAAGAUCGAGCCAUAUUUCUAGGACUGGGAAUGAUCCUGUGUUCAGUCAUGAUGUACUUUGUGUUGGGAAUCACAGUUCUACGCUCCUAUGCAGACAGUGUGUGGACCGAGGAAGGGACUUGUGCUGUUGUCAACUCCACGGUCAUAAGGGAUAUGAACUGUUCAUACAGCUGCGGGUCAGACUGCUGGAGGGUGUCCAGAUACCCCUGUCUGCAGGUCUACGUGAGCGUCAACAUCACGGGCCGUAUCAGCCGUCUGUCACACAACGAAGAGACACAGGAAGCUAGCUCCGAAUGUGUCUAUGUGCCUCGGUGCCAAAAGGACAGCACGGCCAUGCAGGCCGUUAUCAUGAACAUUUCCGAGCAUCUGAAGAUGAACCGGCACAUCUCCUGCUACUACGACCCCAGCGAGCAGCAGGAGACGGUCCUGCUGAGCAGGGUGUACGACCACAGCGUCGUCCUCCACUCGUUGUUGUGGCCCUCGUGCACGCUCACAGUGGGGACCCUCAUCAUUGCCAUGGUGAAGCUCACACACUACCUCUCCAGGCUUUGCGAAGAGAUAGGGAAGGUCAAGAGGUGAAUUAUUCGCAGCAGCUCUGCAAGUCAGAAACACGCAGGUUUUGGUGAUUGAAAUCUGACAAAAAAAUACAUUUUAAAAUGUGAACCUGCUGUGACCUUAAGCAGACUUCCCCCUCCUGGCUCAGACUCUCUUCCACUGAGCAAUGAGGAUGUAUUUGUUUAUAAAAGCGGACUGGAUGUUCCUGGCAGGAAGCUGACAGACAUGGAACUGGCUGUUCCUGAGAAAACAAAGAUUUUCUUCUGCAUAGUUUUAUAACGUAACAAGCACUUGUUUGCACGUGUCUUAUUAUCCAAAACACUUUAUGAUCAAAUGUUUGGUUUUUUUUCCUGUUACUUAAAGUCACUGUUAAUCAUGUUUGUUUUAUCAGAAGCAAAUGGUUUUUGUUAACCUUUGCUUUGCACAGACUUUCUGCAGCCCCAGGCUAAUUUUCCGAUCCAA